CUUUUGACCUAGCGCAAAAGCACCAGCGCCGGUGGCAGGCGCUCUACGACCUCUCCAUGAUAAAGAACGACAGACGGAAGGAACAAACGAGAUCCCCAAGCACGCGAAGCCAGUCCGGUCGGACCCCCUCGCCGCAUCCUAGUUUCCACCUUUUUCCACGACAAAGCGAGUAGGAAAGAAGCUUCGAGGAAACUUCCUCCUUCAUUAUCACCGUCUUUCCUGCCGGUCUUCCUGGAGAGCAGUUUCUUGGCCGGAAAGGGGAAGCCAGAUAUCGAAGAAGGAGCGGCGCGGAAGAGGAAGAGAGAGAGAGAGCAGAGGGAGGAAAUAACGAAGAAGAAGUCCCCGUUGCUUCCGAUUCCCACCAUCUCUUAAGUUUUCUUCUCCAAUCCGCCAGUGGUAGCAGAUCCACCGCAACGGUGUCAUCUCUCCUGCGACAGCGAUGGCCUUCCGCCCGGUGGCGUCCCCCAACAGGUACAUGCGGCAAUGCGAUGAGGAGAGCGGCCGCGAGCGUGGCAACCCUGGCGAGAUCUGCUCCUCCAGCGGCCCCUUCGAUAUCCCUCCCAAGAACGCCCCCAUAGAGCGGCUCCGGAGAUGGAGACAAGCGGCACUUGUGCUGAAUGCUUCUCGCAGGUUUAGAUAUACUCUGGAUUUGAAGAAGGAGGAAGAAAAGGACCAAAUAAGGAGAAAAAUUCGUGCACAUGCUCAAGUCAUAAGGGCAGCGUUUCUUUUCAAAGAGGCUGGGGAAAGGGAGCGCCCAGGCACGCCGGGAAGCUUACCAAAACUUCCAACUGAUGGUUUUGGCAUUGGAGAGGAGCAGCUUACUUUAGUGACAAGGAAUCAUGAUUAUUCUGCUCUACAAGAAUAUGGCGGGGUUAAAGGGCUGUCAAAUUUGUUAAAAACCAAUUUAGACAGGGGAAUUAGUAAAGAUGAUGCUGAAUUAUUACAUAGGAGGAACGCAUUUGGGGCCAACACUUAUCCUCGAAAAAAAGGAAGAAGUUUUUUGAUUUUUCUAUGGGAAGCUUGUCAAGACUUAACCCUUGUCAUCCUUAUGAUAGCUGCGGUAAUAUCAUUGGUAUUGGGCAUGAAGACAGAGGGUGUUAAAGAAGGAUGGUAUGAUGGUGGAAGCAUUGCCUUUGCUGUUAUUCUUGUUAUACUUGUUACAGCAAUCAGCGAUUAUAGGCAAUCAGUCCAAUUCCAAAAUCUGAAUGAGGAGAAGCAAAACAUACAUCUAGAGGUAAUUAGAGGUGGUAGGAGAAUUGAGGUCUCAAUAUAUGAUCUUCUAGUUGGCGAUGUUGUUCCUCUCAAAAUUGGCGAUCAGGUCCCUGCAGACGGCAUUUUAAUCAGUGGUCAUUCUCUUGCAAUUGAUGAAUCCAGUAUGACUGGGGAGAGCAAAGUUAUCCAUAAGGAUCAGAAGGCGCCAUUUUUGAUGUCUGGAUGCAAAGUUGCUGAUGGUUAUGGUAAUAUGUUGGUAACUGCUGUUGGGAUCAAUACUGAAUGGGGGUUGUUGAUGGCCAGUAUUUCAGAGGAUACUGGUGAAGAAACUCCUUUGCAGGUACGCUUGAAUGGUGUUGCUACUUUCAUUGGCAUUGUAGGGCUCAGUGUAGCUGUUGUGGUUCUUUUAGUCCUUUUAGUCAGAUACUUUACUGGACAUACCAAGAACCCUGAUGGUUCUGUGCAAUUUAUAAAGGGACAGACAAGUGUAAAGUCUGCAGUGAAUGGAGCCAUUAAGAUCUUGACAGUUGCAGUGACUAUUGUGGUUGUUGCGGUACCUGAGGGGCUUCCGUUGGCUGUCACUUUGACUCUGGCAUACUCAAUGCGAAAGAUGAUGGCUGACAAGGCUCUGGUGCGUCGGCUUUCAGCAUGUGAAACUAUGGGGUCAGCUACGACUAUUUGCAGUGACAAGACUGGAACUUUGACCCUGAACCAGAUGACUAUUGUGGUGGCAUACGUUGGUGGGAAGAAGAUAGAUCCUCCAGACAAUAUUGAAUCGAUGCCUUCUAAUGCAGUAUCUCUUUUAAUUGAAGGAAUUGCACAGAAUACAACUGGCAAUGUGUUUGAGCCAGAGAGUGGCGGGACUAUUGAGGUUACCGGGUCACCUACUGAAAAGGCUAUCCUUUCUUGGGCAGUCAAGCUUGGCAUGAAGUUUGAUGAUGCAAGAUCGAAAUCUUCAAUUCUUCAUGUCUUCCCCUUCAAUUCUGAGAAAAAGCGUGGUGCUGUUGCAGUGCAUGUGGGAGGUUCUGAAGUUCGUGUACAUUGGAAAGGAGCUGCUGAAAUUGUUCUAGCCACAUGCUCACACUGGCUUGAUGCAGAUGGUUUGGUGCAACCAAUGACCUCAGACAAGGCUGACACAUAUAAGAAAUCGAUUGAAGAUAUGGCAGCAGUUAGCCUUCGAUGUGUUGCUUUUGCUUACAAACCAUAUGACUUGGAAAAAGUUCCAAAUGAGGAACAAAGAGACAGCUGGCAGUUGCCUGAGGAUGACCUGUUUCUACUUGGUAUCGUGGGCAUAAAGGAUCCUUGUCGACCUGGGGUCAAAGAUGCCGUAGAGCUAUGCAGUCAUGCAGGUGUCAAGGUACGCAUGGUCACUGGGGAUAAUCUUCAGACAGCUAAAUCCAUAGCUCUUGAAUGUGGGAUACUUAAAGAUGCCAAUGCUUCAGAGCCCAGUCUUAUAGAGGGAAGAGUAUUUCGUGCCAAGACUGAUCGAGAAAGGGAUAGCAUUGCUGAGAAAAUAACUGUGAUGGGAAGGUCUUCCCCCAGUGACAAGCUUCUCCUUGUACAAGCACUAAAGAGACUAGGUCAUGUAGUUGCUGUCACGGGAGAUGGCAGUAAUGAUGCUCCUGCAUUGCAUGAGGCAGAUAUUGGUCUUGCAAUGGGCAUUCAGGGAACAGAAGUAGCUAAAGAAAGCUCAGACAUCAUUAUAUUAGAUGACAAUUUUGCAUCAGUUGUGAAGGUUGUCCGCUGGGGUCGUUCUGUAUAUGCAAAUAUUCAGAAAUUUAUCCAGUUCCAGCUCACUGUCAAUGUUGCAGCGCUUGUAAUUAAUGUUGUUGCUGCGGUUUCAUCUGGUGAAGUUCCUUUGAAUGCUGUCCAGCUCCUUUGGGUCAAUCUCAUUAUGGACACACUUGGAGCACUUGCAUUGGCGACGGAACCACCAACAGACCGCCUCAUGGACAGAUCUCCUGUUGGUCGAAGGGAAUCUCUAAUUACAAAUGUCAUGUGGAGAAAUUUGAUAGUCCAGGCUUUAUAUCAAGUGGUGAUCCUCCUGGUACUCAACUUUGAUGGGAGGAGUAUUUUGCAUUUGAAGCAUGAGGGCCAAGAGCAUGCAGACAAAGUGAAAAAUACAUUCAUUUUUAAUACAUUUGUCCUAUGUCAAAUAUUCAAUGAGUUCAAUGCUCGGAAACCAGAUGAAAUUAAUGUGUUCAGUGGAUUAACCGGAAACCACCUCUUUAUGGGGAUAGUAGGAAUUACAGCUCUACUUCAGGUCUUGAUUAUCGAGUUUCUAGGGAAGUUUACAUCAACUGUGAAGCUCAAUUGGAAGCUGUGGCUAGUUUCAAUUGGCAUUGGUUUCAUAAGUUGGCCUCUGGCUGCUCUUGGGAAACUCCUCCCUGUUCCAAUAAUGCCAUUUGGAGACAUCUGUAUGAACUGGUUUAGCUGGCGGAGAAAGCAAGAUGAUAUGGUGCAGGGCGACUCCACUAAUAGGCUGUAAGAGUGGAUUUUCAAUUGGAAGCUGGAAAUUUGUAUAUAGGAGUAGGUUAUACAUGAUGAAAUUUUACAUGUUUCUAUGGAUCUAGUGAGAACGAAGUUAUUGCUUCAUCCCUUGCAGAUAUUUGUUUUUCAAUAUCAAUACAGAAAGGGUUCAGCGGUCAGAACGUUCGCACUAAAAUUUGUUCUGGAUGACCGGUGGAAUGUCUUAUCGUCCUAAGUAUGCAUAGAGUUUUGAUACUUAUAGAUGGCUCCACUCCAACUUCUGACUUUUUGUACUUUAAUUACUUAUAGAUUCGCCUGAUCUUUGAGAAUAUUAAAUGGCUAGUCUGCACCAUUCC